GAUAAUUCUUCUUGUUCCAUCACCGAAGGAGCCAAGCAGAAGGAUGGUCGCAUUUAUGUCGGACACAACGGAUUCGACACGACCAUGCGUGCGUCGUGUGUGCUCACCACCUUGUACGCCACUGCUGCUCUUGCGUGGGCUGAAACGACCCAAAGAACUUUGCCGCCGCGUGUCCGUCGCGCGUGGAGCCAACAUUCGCCCAACGAGAAGGAAACGUACAUCUCGGCCGUGUCGCUGGCGAUGCAAAAGGGCCUUCACCACCGCUUCAUGGAGGUCCACAUGGAGCCGUCCUCGGAACAAGAAGCCCAUGGGUGCCUCUUCUUUUACUGGCACCGCGCGUACUUGCUCGCGUAUGAGAACAUGCUGCGUUCCCUCGGGCCGCAGUACUCCGGCGUAACUCUUCCGUACUGGGACUAUGCCACGAUCGGCGCCAACUUCAUCGCGGGCAGUUGCAAGAACAUGCUCACGUGCGGUUCCCUUCUCGAGGACUUUGGCGGGUCGCUUCCGCAAGGCCCCGCGGGUAAGAUGAAGAACACGGUCAAUGGCACAACUAUCGCAUCGGACAACUGCGUCAAGUCGAAUCUGACGUCCAGUUUCUGCCAAAGCACGUCAGCAUUCAACAGCAAUACGUGUCUCGGCUGCAUACCGCGCAACGACUGGUCCAAGGUUGCCGUGCCGCCAGACGUCAACGUCCUCAGCGUCUACAACAACAUCUUGGGGACCGUGGCCCCGACGCUUGCCGGUGUCACAAAAGGCAUUCAAUAUGGCACGCACAACAUGGUCCACGCGACGUUGAACGCGAUCAUGGGCACGUUUGCGUCGCCGGGGGAUCCAGUGUUUUACGCCCACCAUGCCAUGGUGGACGCUCUACACACGAUCUAUUACAACUGUGUUGUGGCGCCCAAGCCGCCAAUCAACAAGGGCGCAGAUGCGCGAACGUGGUCUUCGUGUCGCAGCUUCAAUGGCAGUACGAUCCGUCCGACUGAUGUCAUCACGAUGAAGGGAGGCAACGCUGGAACGAUUCCGACGUCUGUGUGGAUGUCGCCGCACCCGCUGAACCCGUACUUUGCGAGCAUCCCACAGCUCUACAUGGACUACACGGACACAACGAUGGUUGGCGAUAGCGCGUACUCGUACAACUUUACAGGUACCAUGCUCGACAAGAUCAACCAGCAGUGCACCAAGUUCCACCCCUCGCUGGCGUCGUUUCUGUACGAGCCAAACGAGGCGGCGACAUCGACCGAAGUUACAACCGAGAUCGCGUGGCUCCAGGACGCAACACGGCUCGCGUCCAAGUUCUACACGGACCCGAAGGACGUCAACCUCCAAGUUCAGAUGAUGUUGUGCGUCUACUACAACGAGUGCCUUGGCGGAGUCUUUGACUACUCGGAAGAAUUCAAGACCAGUUUUCGUGUGACGGGCAAGCCGCCAUGCAAGACGAUCAUCGACGACCUCGCGCAGGGCGAUGCUGGCGAUGCUGUGAUCGGCGUUGAAGGCUGGGAAUCGGUGCUCCUCAAACGAUACUCAUGUGACAACCCGUCCAUGCUGUUUUAG